AUGAAGUUCUCGCUUACUGCCGUCGCUGCCUUCGCGGCCUCGGCCGUCUCGGCCGACAAGAUGUGCGGCGACUGGGACACGGCCGUCGUGGGCGACUUCACGCUGUACAACAACCUCUGGGGCAAGGAGAACGACCCGGGCACCGGCCACCAGUGCACCACGCUGCUCAACAGCAGCGCCGACAACUCGACGCUCGGCUGGUCCACCGAGUACAAGUGGGGAGGCAUCACGUGGAACGUCAAGGGCUAUCCGAACGUGGGGCUGCACUUCAAGCCUAUCGAGCUCGCGAACGUCGAGUCCAUCCCUACGAGUAUCAACUACACGUACGAGUACAGCCCCACCACCACGGCCAACGUGGCGUACGAUCUGUUCACCAGCUCGACGCCUGACGGGGACUUUGAGUACGAGAUCAUGGUGUGGCUGGCGGCGAUUGGCACGGCGUGGCCCCUGGCGAGCGAGGGCAAGAACAUCAAGAACAUCACGGUCAGCGGCGUCGACUUCAUGCUCAACCACGGCGUCAACGGCAACAUGACGGUCUUCUCGUACGUGGCCACCCAGCUGACGGAGAACUUCUCGGGCGACCUCACGGAGUUCAUCGAGGCCCUGCCGCAGGACGUCGCCCCCGGCGCCAAGCAGUACCUCACCAAGGUGCAGUGCGGCACCGAAUCGUACCAUGCCGACAGGGCCUCCAUGACGGUGACGUCGUACACGGUGGCGGUGAACUCGGUGAUGCAAGGAGACGUCGGCUUCUCUCAGAAUUAA